AUGGCUACUAAAGCUCCAUCAACCAGAAAGCAACUAGUUAAGUUCAGCAAGACCCUUACAAUGGGUAUUGUUGGUAUGCCAAACGUCGGUAAGUCACUCCUUUUCAACCUUCUCUCCAAGCGUGACCUUGCCGCCACACAAAAUUAUCCUUUCUGCACAAUUCAACCAAACAUUGCUCGUGUCGAAGUUCCAGAUGAGCGUUUCACAGAACUUUGCAAGCUCUUCCAUCCAAAGAACGAAGUUCCAGCUACAUUAUCUAUCACAGAUAUUGCAGGUCUCGUUCGUGGUGCUUGCAAGGGUGAAGGUCUUGGUAACGAAUUCCUUUCCAACAUCAGAGCCGUCAACGGUAUUUAUCAGGUCGUUCGUAUCUUCGAUGAUCCAGAUGUUACACACGUAGAAGGCAACGUUGAUCCAAUCCGUGAUCUUGAAAUUAUUGGUGAAGAACUUCGUCAGAAGGAUCUUCAGUGGCAGCGCAACACCUACGAAGAUCUCAAGAAGAAGAUGGUUUGCGAACCACGUAAGUACAAGGACGAAUUCGAGCUUGCAGGCAAGGUCCUCGAAUACCUCGAGAACACACCAGCUCCAAUCCGCUCCGGCACAUGGAAUGAAGUUGAGACAGCUUAUAUCGAAUCUCUUAACCUCCUUACAGCCAAGCCAACAAUCUACCUUCUCAACCUCGACAAGAAGUCAUUCCAGACAAAGCGCAACAAAUGGCUCCCACUCGUUGCCAAGUGGGUCAAAGAACACACAGAUGAGCCAGUCAUCCCAUUCUGCGCUUGCUACGAACACGAACUCGAAGAGAUGGGCGAGGAAGCUGCUAAGGCUGAACAAGAAAAGACAGGCGCCCACUCGAUGAUUCCACGUAUCAUCCGUAAUGGUUUCCACGACCUUGGCCUCAUCAACUUCUUCACAUGCGGCCCAGAUGAGGUUCGUGGCUGGACAGUUAGAGAUGGUGCUACAGCUCCAAUCGCUGGUGGUGUCAUCCACACAGAUUUCUGCGAAAAAUUCAUCCGCGCUGAUGUUUACUCAUACGAAGAUAUUAAGGAACUCGGCUCAGAAAACGCUGUCAAGGCUGCAGGCAAGUAUCGUACAGAAGGCAAGAACUACAUCGUCAAGGAUGGCGAUAUCAUGUUCUUCAAGCACGGAGCUGGCUCUGGUGGUGCUAACAAGAAGCAUUAA